GUUAGCUGUCACCCACACUUUGCAUCUUGGGAGCUAAAAAAACGUUUAUGGUGUGAGAACUUUACAACACCGCCUCGGUGUUGUUUAGAGGCUAACUCUCAGCUGCUAGCAGUUAGCUAAACAUGAUUGGACGGCCUAUCGUGACAUAGCUAACUAACAUUGGUGUUGUAGCUAACAUUAGUUUGCGGUUAGUGUCACUACAUUUAAGACAAAGUGGGCUCCUGUAGCAAAAUUGGAGCUUUAGCGUAAUUGUCAAUAAAGUGUUCACGCUCCAAUUUCGACCGUUUGACAACCACGACUUGUGUAGUUGACAUUACGCUAUCCUGCUAUUUGGUCAACAAACAAGUAGCAGCAGUUAGCACCGUUUGGCUAGCUAAUGUCGUCUGAUUUUUAAGUUCAAACAUUGGCAACAACUCUACCUAAAUCAUCUAUCAUGUUACAAAAACAAAACUAUAGAUCAGCUGUCCGGGUUGUUGCUGUAGAUGUUUGAUGCCCCGUUUUGUUUAUUUUACCAUCUUUUAUUGUAGUUUUCCAGUUUGUUUUGAAAUUAAGUUUUAGUUCGUCACCGUACACGCGAGCUAAGGUGUCAAAGCCUCAUUUAGGCAAAUAUGCCCUUACACUUUUAAGAGUAAUGUAACCGAAGUUUUUACACAGUGAAUUUUAAUCAUUUUUGUUUUUCGCCGUCAUUCUAGCAGGCUUUAUCGACUUGGUAAUCAGCUGUUACUUAUCCUUGUUUAUUCUGCUCCAUUUGAUUUGAUGCUUUGUAUUGAUAGUGUGCACUGUGGAAAUUACAACACUUAUGCUUGUAAAAUAAGCUCUUCGUAUUUAAUGAAAACGUGUCCUCGCCGCGGAUGUGAUACAUCAGAAAUGUAGCUGCUGAAGCUCACUUGCUGUCUCAUUACAUUUUUAAUCAUUUACAUCACCAUUUUUGACUUAUAUUUACUAUAAUGUUACACUUGGAUAAUUAGACGGCUGCCACAAAUAAUUGAAAGUGCAAAUAUGUAUAUAUUUAUCAGGGUGGAUUUAUUUUUAUUCCAGCACUCCAUUUAAGUUAGCUGUACCUCAUUCAUAACUGGAGUACACACUUUUGUAGUAGUAUGAAAUAUAUUUAUAAUAAUGAAUAGUUUUGUGGAGGAGUUCUUUAGACAGCAACAUUGUUGACGCUGAAACAACAGCGCCUCUGCGUGCACUCCACUUUAUUUAGUUUCAAGUCUGAUGUGUACUACAAACAUGCACAUGAAAAGGCUUUGGCACUAUGUCACUACUAACGGAACCGGACCAGCUGGCUGUAAACUUGGCUCCAAGUUAAAACAUUUUCACUUUCACAUUUAAAGAUUUUUGUUGUACUCAUCCAAAUUUGAGUGUGGAGUAACGCUCCUUUACUGUCAUUUUAAGCCAAUAUUCCACUGAAGUCAUUAUAAACUGUCUGCGGCAAAAUGGCAACUUUCAUUGUGCGGUUUAGUUGCUUUUAAUUUAAAAGUCAGUUUCGGUGUUUAAUUGAAUGUUAUCAGCUGGUGUUUAUUGGUACGUCUGGCCUUUGGUUGUAUAGGUUAUCUUUACUGCCUUCUGAAUCAGGUUGAGUUCUACUAAUAUUAAGGCCUGUGCUGAGUCGCUGUACGUGUGGCUUCAUGUCACGCUGUGAUUAUAUCCAUGUUAAAAAUAACCUUUAAUCUCGUAAUACACUUGUGUGUUGUCAGCUGCGACUUCUUUAUAGAACAUGUUGCUCUUAUUUUGCCAAGAUUGUAAACUGCACCAAUGUUGCAAAAUCUUAAAAAAAAAAACAAAAAAACAGAAGAUGUUGCUGCCCUAGCUGCUUGAACAAGCCAACAUCUUCACAAGCAUCCUAAAUACAUAACUAAGGGUUUAGCAUGCUUUGUAUAGUCAUCCAUGUCUAUGUCCAUUAUUGUUAGGGUAUGUUUUGGAGUUGCAGGCAGAGUCUUUUUGAUGAGAUGAAGAGGAUUUCUCAGGUAGCCAUGCCUCAUGCUUGUGUGUGAUGUGGGAAUGAGCUCUCAUCCAAGCAUGAUGGUAGCUAGCUGCAUGUAGACGCAUGAGGACCAUACAAUCAGAGCCUUCCUCAUUUGGUGGCAAGAUUACUGUAUUAUAUGAUAAUGUAAUUAUGCUGUAUGGUAUAAACAAUUAAGCAUGGAAGAUGUUAGAGCUUCAAAGGGAGGACCAACUGCAAAUUUACUUCCGUUUCCAUUUCCUUCAUUGCCACUUUUGUACAGAUUUGGCAUUUUUAAAAUUAUUGUAAAUUAAAUAUGACCUGUUGGUGGUUGGUCUUUUAGCAUGUUAAAUGAACAGUGUUGGUGUACAUGAGGAAAGGACUGUCUUCACUGGCUCUUGAUCUUCUUGAGUAACAAGGUAAACAAAUUGCUGUUAAGCCUGUAACCAACCAGUUACUGAAGGGUGAGCCAAUCUUCCAAGACAUUGUGUGAGGUGAGAUUUUGCAUGCUUAGCAAUGCAUAGAAAUUAUUAAAACAAUUUUAUUUUUUUAGGUUUUACAUAAUUUCCUAACUACAUUCCCACAAAGUGUACAAUCCUUGUCUUACUGGAGAGUAACCAACAAGUUGACAAAUGCCUCAAGUUCUCUGUGCGUCAUAACUGGAGUUGGGCAUCGAGUCUCGAUCAUCGAUGGGAACAGGGUCUGACAUUCCGAUUCUCCCGGGAUUGUUCAAAUGUUUUUAUUCAGGAUUCCUAGAUGCCCAUUUUGCUGACAAGAAGAAAUAGCCAUGGAAAUCAACAAAGACGAAGCCGGUGAGCACCAGCGAAGAAGAAAUGACUAAAACGUUUGUCUUAAAUUCAUAAAAAAGAGCAGACUCAGUGCAACAUUUGCAACACAGUGAUAUCAUGUACAGGAGGGUGCACAAUCAACAUGAUUAAUGUUCACACAUUCAUGGUGUAGAAAUAACACAGUACCCUCGUCUUUGGUACGCUACAUUGGACUUCCUCUAAGCAGUCAGAAUCUGGGAAGUCAAACAAUAUAUGACAUCUGUCUCAUGCCAGUGUAACCCAGGGGUUCAAGUGCACUUUCGGCUAUAUCCUUUUUACCCGUGUUGACAAAAUAAGGGUGUCAUAAAAAAUAGCUUUCACCAAUGUUGAGGCAGCAAACAAAGUGUACUACCUUUCAAAAGUAAGGAUCUUUUGUGAAAGUGUACUUCUGUAAAAAGAACCUUCUGGAACAUUUAUAUUCAAGUUGAAUGGUUUGAUAGUUAUAUACUGGUUAAAUAGUCCUGUGAGAAAUUAAUAGUAAAGUUGAUAAAAAAGUUCAUAUUAUUAAACAAUUCAUGGAGAAGUUCGGACAUUCCAUUCUUUGGUUGGCGCCCUCAUUUCAACCAUGUAAACUUUUAUGCCUUUUAAAAGCAUCAGAAUCAAGAAUCGUUAGGAACCAGAAUUGAAACAAGGAAUCGGAACCAGAAUUGUUCAAAUUCAAACAUUGCCCAACCCUGAUCAAGAUGACAGUAUUUUUUGUAGCCUACUCCCCAUCUUGCUUAAGUAUGUUAACCUGAGGCGGAUAGGAAUGACCAACCUACUUAUAAUGGCCACUUGUUCAGUUUUAAAUGAAGUGUCGCCACACGUUGUAUUUAACUUGUACCUGUUUGUUUCAUCUUAAUGUAUGCAUGUUUGUUCCAAGUUAAUUGUCUCUAGUUAGCAGUUGCAUCAUGCCCAGUUAGCAGUUAGGGCCCGAACACCAACGUGCAAAGGUCCAAUGUUUAUUAUUAUGUUUUACAUAUUCCUUUGGGCCGCACGGUGGCCUAGUGGAAGCAUGUUUGCCACACAGGCAGGAGAUCGGGAAGAUCUGGGUUUGAAUAUCCGUUGGGCAUAUCUGUGUGGAGUUUGCAUGUUCUCCCCGUGCAUGCGUGGGUUUUCUCCAGGCAAUCCGUUUUUUUUCCAGCAUUCCAAAAAAGCAUGCAUGUUAGGUUAAUUGGCGACUCUAAAUUGUCCGUAGGUAUGACUGGGAUAGUGAAUGGAUAGUGAAAGUCUAUAUGCGCCCUGCGAUUGGCUGGCGACCAGUCCAGGGUGUACCCCGCCUCUCGGCCGAAGUCAUCUGGGAUAGGCUCCAGCAUACCCGCGAUGCUACUGAGGAUAAGUGGCAUAAUGGAUGGAUAUACUGUAUGUAUUCCGUUUUGUUUUUUUUACUUGCAUGCACCAAAGUUUGCAAGCGCAUUAGGUCCGGUGAAAAAUGUGGUAUUAUAGGGAUCCCAAACACGAUCACCCAAAACUCACCGAGUAGCACUCCCUUGAAAAAAAUAAAAAAUUUGCCCCUGCCACCAGUUUCACAGUUCGUCACGAAAUUUGGGGAAGAUGUCUAUCACGACAGGACACACGAAGAAGUCUCAAGAACCCAUGUUCCAAAAUAAAUAGAAAGUUGGCCAUUUUGGUUUCCGGUGGAAAUUUUGGACAAAAAACAGGGGUUGUAUUUCAACAAACUAGUUUUCUUUGAGGCUUGAUUCAACCAACUGUCUUUAGAGUGCUAACAGUAAGACAGAAGUUUACAUGUUUACUCUUUGCAUGUUUUAUUUAUUUAUUUAUUCACUAAAUGUUGUUUUUACAUUUUGAUUUUACAGAUUGAACAGUCACUUUACAUAAUUGCCACUGUGGGCUGAAUGUAAUAUUCAAAAUGAAACCAUCUUUCGGUCUUAACCAGGAACUACAUUUUACAAUCUGUUGUUUUCUUUGCAUCUGUCUUUUUUAAAAUAAUUUUUAAAUCUAGAUUUAAAUGUGUUGUGCGGGUCUCAAAAUAUCAGUAUUUAAAGGUGCUGUCUGCCUUGGUUAGGUACUGCAUGGGGGCGCUAACACACGAAAACUGUAUAUUGUGCCCACUUCCUGCUCCAACGCUGGAAGCCACACCCCAUGCAACAACGCACAUAAGCCGUGUUUUUUGUCAGCUUAAAAUAGCGAUUUGGCAAGGUUACGUGAAUACAAGACAGCAGUUGAGUGAAAGCCAUGCACUCCAAUCCUCUUAUUCGUGUCUCAUUUUUUACAAAUGUUAACUUAUAAUGGUGACAUUUAUUUGUUCAAUCUGUUCUUCAAAAACCACUAUUGGUAGCAUCUGCUAGCCGGUAGUGGUGGUGUUACAUUUUUUGUUGAAAAUAGUGUCAUUUGGAGCUGAAGGGGGACAGCACCUUUAACCCUUCGUCAAAUGUCUAAUGUGUAAACAGGAUGGAGUUUGAGCUUUUUAUUUCAUUUUCUUCUGGCACUGUCAGUGCCAAGGACUUGUUUGAAUCUGGUUGGAUAACCUGCUGCAUAUGUUACAGAAAUGUCACUCAACUUGUAUUAUGUAGGUCCAAUCAGUGAAAACAGCAUGACGAGAGAUCCAAAAAGCGGCAGAGGAGCCUAGAGUGCUAUGUAUAAUCCAGGACAUCACCAGUGCAAAGACGGUCAAUGAGAGGUUAACCUUCAACCUGCCUGCGUCCACCGCUCUCUCCAAACUUUAUGAAGAUGUUGCCCACAAAGCAGGAUAUGUUAACGGCUCCUUUGACCUCGCCUGGGGAAACACGCCAGAGAUGGCACCUCUGGACCACAGUGGUGAAAUGUCGCUCUUGGAUUGUGGCUUUGUGCCUGGUGGUAAGAGGAAUUUCCUCCAGCUUAUAGACAAAGAUGGAGAGCAACCUCAGGUAGCAUCGGAGGAGUCAGGCACUCUUGAUAGCAGUGGACUGGAUGACAGCUCCCAGGAGCGCUUCAUCGGACCUUUGCCGAAAGACGGCACCGUAGGCUGCAGCGGUGACUGCAGCAGCCCCUCUUACUCUUACACAUCCAUCCUUAACAAAUCUGAGACAGGUUACGUGGGUUUGGUCAACCAAGCAAUGACCUGUUAUUUGAAUAGUCUGUUGCAAACUCUGUUCAUGACCCCAGAGUUCAGAAAUGCACUGUACAACUGGGAGUUUGAGGAAUCAGAGGAGGACCCUGUCACUAGCAUUCCCUACCAACUGCAAAGACUGUUUGUUCUCCUGCAAACCAGUAAGAAACGUGCCAUCGAGACCACCGAUGUGACGCGGAGCUUUGGCUGGGACAGCAGUGAGGCUUGGCAACAACAUGAUGUGCAAGAACUUUGCAGGGUCAUGUUUGAUGCCCUGGAGCAAAAGUGGAAGCAGACAGAACAGGCUGACCUGAUCAACCAGCUGUACCAGGGUAAGCUCAAGGACUAUGUCCGUUGUCUGGAGUGUGGCUAUGAGAGUUGGAGAAUUGAUACCUACCUGGAUAUCCCUCUUGUAAUAAGACCCUUUGGGGCCAGCCAAGCCUACGGCAGUGUGGAGGAGGCUUUGCAGGCAUUUAUACAACCAGAAACACUAGAUGGGCCCAAUCAGUACUUCUGCGAACGCUGCAAAAAGAAAUGUGAUGCCCGGAAGGGUCUGAGGUUUUUGCAUUUCCCUUACCUGCUGACGCUGCAGCUGAAGCGAUUUGAUUUUGACUACACCACUAUGCAUCGCAUCAAGCUCAAUGAUCGCAUGACUUUCCCUGAGGAACUUGACAUGAGUCCAUUCAUUGAUGUGGAAGAUGAGAAGUCCCCUCAAACAGAAAGCUGCACUGACAGUGGAGCAGAGAAUGAAGGCAGUUGCCACAGCGACCAGAUGAGCAAUGAUUUCUCCACUGAUGACUGUGUUGAUGAGGGCAUCUGCCUGGACAGCACUGUCAGUGCAGAGAGGGUCCUUAAGCCAAAGAGUUUGCCGACCUUUGAGCUGUUUUCUGUCAUGGUCCAUUCAGGAAGUGCGGCUGGUGGCCACUACUAUGCCUGUAUCAAAUCCUUCACUGAUGGGCAGUGGUACAGUUUCAAUGACCAGCAUGUUAGCAAGAUAACCCAGGAGGACAUCAGAAAGACCUAUGGCGGGUCCUCAGGGAGCAGGGGAUAUUAUUCCAGUGCCUUUGCGAGCUCGACAAAUGCUUAUAUGCUGAUUUAUAGAUUGAAAGAUCACUCAAGGAAUGCAAAAUAUUUAGCGGUGGAGGACUUUCCAAAGCAUAUAAAGAGUUUGGUUCAGAAGGAGAAAGAGUCUGAAGAACAGGAGAAGAGACAGAGAGAGAUCGAGCGCAACACUUGCAAGAUCAAGCUGUUCUGCUUGCAUCCUUCAAAGAUGAUGAUGGAGAGCAAGCUGGAAGUGCAUAAAGACAAAACUCUUACAGAAGCAACUGAAAUGGCCUACAAGCUGAUGGAGCUGGAGGCGACGGUCCCCCUGGACUGCUGUCGUUUGGUGAAGUAUGAUGAGUUCCAUGAGUACCUGGAGCGCUCCUAUGAGGGCGAGGAGGACACACCAAUGGGUCUUCUGUUAGGAGGUGUCAAGUCCUCUUACAUGUUUGACUUGCUGCUGGAGACACGGAGGCCAGAGCAAGCGUUCCUGCCUUACAAACCCGGAGAGGUCAUGGUGAAGGUUCAUGUUGUGGAUCUGAGAACUGAAACCAUUGUCCCUCCAAUCAGUGUUCGAGCCUACUUGAACCAGACCAUCACUGAAUUCAAACAGCUUAUUGCACAGGCAACAGGACUAUCUGCAGAAAUGAUGCGUGUGGUUCUGGAACGCUGCUAUAAUGACCUGCGGCUUCUUUAUGUUCCAAACAAAACACUGAAAGCAGAAGGUUUCUUCAGGAGUAACAAGAUUUUUGUGGAGAGUUCAGAAUCAACUGACCAUCAAGUUGCGUUUACUGACUCACUACUGUGGAAGUUAUUGGAUCGCCACGGGAAUACCAUCCGACUUCUGGUCCUGCUGCCUGAGCAGGCUCCUGGUACUUUGGCCAGCAGAACUAUUUGCCAAAAAGUUGGCAGUGACUCUGAUGUGCCCUUUGAAGCAUCAAAGGGCAACAGGAAAUCUGUGGAGGCUAUCCUUGAGGAGAGCACAGAAAAGUUAAAGAACCUGUCACUGCAGCAGCAGGGCUCCAGCACCAGCGACAGCCAGAAAAGCUCUGAUGCCAGUGAUUUUGAACAUAUUGAAUCCCUGAACCAAGAGGCAGACUCAAACUCACCCUGUGUGGCCGCAGACAACAGAGAACUAGAGAAUCGGAUCGGGGGCCCAGCUGCGUGCAGGAGCACUAGCGCCUCAUCCGACGCUGAGAACCAUUUUGGCUGUGAGGAGCGUUCUGACUCUGAGGUAAACAAUGACCGCAGCACCAGCUCAGUGGACAGCGACAUCCUGAGCUCCAGUCACAGUAGUGACACACUGUGCAAUGCAGACAGCGGUCCCAUUCAGCUGGCCAAUGGCUUGGACUCGCACAGUAUCACCAGUAGCCGGCGCUCUAAAGCCCACGAGGGAAAGAAAGAGACCUGGGACACUGCUGAGGAAGACUCUGGGACGGACAGCGAGUAUGAUGACAAUGGGAAGAACAAAGCAGAAUCCCAGUACUUCUACUUCAGAGCAGAACCUUGUUCCCAGGAUGACUCUGCCUCCACUGCACAAAAAUUUUUAGUGGUUCAUGUGGACAAGAGGAUAACACUGGCAGCAUUCAAACACAACCUGGAACCCUACGUGGGUGUCACCUCGACCCAGUUCAAAGUGUUUCGAGUGUACGCCAACAACCAGGAGUUUGAGAGCGUACGCCUCAAUGAAACACUGUCAUCGUUCUCUGACGAUAACAAGAUAACCAUUCGCCUCGGGAGAGCACUAAAAAAGGGCGAAUACCGAGUGAAAGUGUAUCAGCUGUUAGUAAAUGAACAGGAGCCCUGCAAGUUCCUUGUGGACACGGUGUUUGCCAAAGGCAUGACUGUCAGACAGUCUAAAGAGGAGCUGCUUCCUCUGUUGAAAGAGCAGUGCAAGCUUGACCUCAGCAUUGACCGAGUGCGCCUCAGGAAAAAGACAUGGAAGAAUCCGGGCACAGUAUUCCUGGAUUACCACGUUUAUGAGGAAGACAUCAGCAUCUCCUCCAACUGGGAAGUUUUCCUGGAAGUCCUUAAUGAACCUGAGAAGAUGAAAUCAAUGUCUCAGCUGGCUGUUCUGACCCGGAAGUGGAGCCCUGCCACAAUGAAGCUUGGUUCCUUCCAGGAAGUCAUUCUGGAAAGCAGCAAUGUUGAGGAACUCAAGGAGAAGCUCUGUGACAUCAGCGAAAUUCCUCUUGAAAAGCUCGAGUUUGCCAAGGGUCGAGGAACAUUUCCCUAUGACAUUUCUGUACUGGAGAUCCAUCAGGAUUUGGACUGGAACCCCAAGGUGUCGACGUUAAACAUGUGGCCUCUGUACAUCUGUGAUGACGGUGCCGUGGUCUUCUACAGGGACAGCACAGAGGAGCCUAUGGAGCUAUCAGAGGAUGAGCGCAAUGAACUAAUGAAGAAGGAGAGCAGCCGCCUGCUCAAGACCGGACACCGGGUCAGCUACUCACCCCGGAAAGAGAAGGCCCUCAAGAUCUACUUGGACGGGGGCCCCAUCAAGGACACGGGACAAGACUGAGUCCCAACAGCGUCUCUCUGCCUCACUGAUUUUGUGGCUGCUGCAGCACAGUGGCAGACCUGCUCUAUGGGACUCAUGGUGUGGGGGAGCGGUCCGAAAACGACUUGAACUCAAGCAGCGUUGUGAGGUUGGAAUGCCCUCAGCCUCCACUCUGAGCUCUGAAACCUUAUUGUACACUGUUGGUUGUAUCGUACUGUAAAGUCUAAAGGGAUUUUGAGAAGGUAUUCUGGCAGAAAAUGAAUCAUACACUGUUCUAAUCAAUAUAAAGCUCAGAGAUGUUCUGGACCUAAACAUA